AUGAAAGGUGUCUUACGAUUUGAAAAGAAGGGAAAGUUGAGUACUUGUUUUGUUAAACCGUUUGAGAUUUUGGAGCGAAUUGGUCCUGUGGCGUAUCGUUUGGCGUUGCAGCCAUCACUCUGUGUAGUUCAUGACAUGUUCCAUGUUUCGAUGUUGAGAAAGUACGUAACAGAUCCAUCUCAUGUAGUGGAUUACGAGCCAUUAGUGAUUGAUGAAAAUUUGAGCUAUGCAGAACAAUCAGUCGAGAUUAUGGCUAAAGAAGUAAAGAUGCUGAGAAAUAGAGGGAUUCCAUUAGUCAAAGUUUUGAUGGCGGAAUCACAACGUUGA